GCGGCCCCAGCACCGCCGUCUCCCUCCGCACAUUCCUGUCGAGGAGCAGAAAACACAGAAGUGAAGCCGCGGCGGCUGCAGUAAAAGAGUCCGCCCGCUCCCCUGCUUCCUUCUCAGCCUGGCGGGGCCCCAGCCGCCCCCGGAGCCCCGAACCGCGCCGCCUGGGCUGGGAUGAAGCUUCCCUCUCUGCCAGCAGCCGCAGCAGUGUCCGCUCCGCCGGGGGCCCCCGCAGCAGCAUGGAGCAGUACAUGGAGGAGGACGUGGGCCGGCUGAUGGAGGAGCUGUGCCUGGAGGAGAGCCGGCCCCGGAGGCUGAACGGCGGCAGCAGCAGCGGAGGCCUCCUGCACUACCUGCCGCACUGCCCCGCCGACCCCUACAAGACGUACCCCGCGCAGCCGGGGCCCCUGAGCCGCCAGGAGGCGGAGGUGGCGCUGCCCUGCUAUUCGGGGCGGCCGGGCAUGUACCCCGGGGGGAGCGGCAGCCCCCGGUCCAGCACGGCGCCCCCCUGCCCGGAGCUCGGCAAGUUCUCGAGCCCCCGCUCCAGCCUGGUGGUGCCGAGCCCCCGCUCCAGCCUGGCCCAGUACGAGGCGCUGAGCCCCCGCUCCAGCUACGCCAGCACGGCCAGCGACACCAGCAAGCAUUCGAGCCCGCGGGCCAGCCUGAACGACUGCGGCUCCAAGCCGAGCAGCAACCGCACCAGCGGCAUCAGCAUGGGCUACGACCAGCGGCACGUCAGCCCGCGCUCCAGCUACUCCCCCGGCAACCCCGAGGCGGCGGACGGCGGGCCCCGCUCCAGCCUGUGCCUGCAGGACGGCCGCGCCGCCACCCUGGUCAGCCCCCGCUCCAGCAUCUCCAGCCACAGUUCCCGCAGCUCCCGGAGCUCCCGCGGGUCCAUGGGGGCUUACCCCGACGUGCCCGGGCCCUCCCCCCGCUCCUCCAUGCUGGGGCCGGGGCUGCAGGAAGAGGCCCUGCCGCAGGAAGUCGGGGAGGUCGGCCACUACAAGCUGCUCGCACAGUCUCCCCCCAGACACGACCCGCACACGGCCGAGCCCGGGCCCGCCACCUACGGCUACAGCUCCGCCAAGGGCUCCGCCACCCUGCACCGCUUCAAGCUGCCCUACCAGGUGACCCCGUCCAAGGAGAGCGGCCCCAGCCAGGCGGAGAGGAGGCUGGAGGCGCUGACCCUGGAGCUGGAGAAGGAGCUGGAGAUGCACAUGAAGAAGGAGUACUUCGGUAUUUGCAUCAAAUGUGGGAAGGGGGUGUACGGGGCGAGCCAGGCCUGCCAAGCCAUGGGCAACCUGUUCCACACCAACUGCUUCACCUGCUGCUCGUGCGGGAGGCGAUUACGCGGGAAAGCGUUUUACAACGUCAAUGGGAAAGUUUAUUGUGAAGAAGAUUUUCUGUAUUCCGGUUUCCAGCAGACGGCGGACAAGUGCUUUGUGUGCGGACAUCUCAUAAUGGAGAUGAUUUUACAAGCUCUAGGGAAGUCGUACCAUCCCGGCUGCUUCCGCUGCGUCGUCUGCAACGAGUGUCUGGACGGCGUCCCCUUCACCGUGGACGUGGAGAACAACAUCUACUGUGUAAAGGAUUAUCACACAGUUUUUGCACCUAAAUGUGCCUCGUGCAGCCAGCCGAUCCUCCCAGCGCAGGGCUCGGAGGAAACGAUCCGAGUGGUUUCCAUGGAUAAAGACUACCACGUGGAGUGCUAUCACUGUGAGGACUGUCACCUCCAGCUGAACGAUGAGGAUGGUCACCGCUGUUACCCGCUGCAGGGUCACCUGCUGUGCCACGGCUGCCACAUCAGGCGCAUCAGCACGAACAUUCCUCCCCCGCACCAGGCCAGUUACCCCAUGCAUGUCACCGAGCUGUGAGCACCCGCUGCGGGUGUCCUGUGUACAGAUACGAGGGGGCGGAGCCUGUGUCGACCAUACAUUUCUACCGACAGCCGGAGACCGCUUCUGCCCCCUGUUAUUUAUUGGCCGGUGCUCGGCCCCGGGGCCCUAGAACGCGGCUCUCCAGUAGUGAGAAUUAGCACUUAACCUGUAUUAACCCGAAUGCCGACACUUCAUUCCGGGGUCGGAGGAACGUGCUGAGCCGCCAUCCCUCAUGUACCGAUCACCGCAACGUGGGGUCCGAUCGGUUCUGAGAUUCUUCUGCGCCGAUUUAGGACCGUUUUCACGGAGGGAUUUCUAUGCCGCCGUUAAAAGCUCAUCUGCAGCGUGACAUCAUGGCUGACACUGCACCUGGCGGCGCCGCCGUCAUGGCGAGAAGCCCACAAGACGUGACGACAUCUAAACUACAUGGAGUCUCCUGAACACCAGUGUUCUCAUUCACUGACUGUAAGCAGAGAUCUUGCGAGUGGUGAGGAAACAAAGCGCCCAUUCAGCAGAACGGUACCUUGUUACCAUGACAACCGCCGGUGCACUCCGAUUGGUUAUUGUGGUAAUGGGGGCGGUUCACGCCGCCAAAAGUCUGAGAACAUUUCGCUCCAUGAUGAAGAAACGUAAUAAACACUGGACCCACGGCGGCCGCCAUUGUGUCGUCAUGACAACAGAGCGUCUGGGACCCCCUAUCCUCCAUGGUCAGGGACUGGUUACGAUAGCGUUG